CCGUGGUGUAGUAAGAUGGCGACGGAGAGAUAUUCCGGGUGCGGUCUGUCCCAGAGGCGGGGUCGGUCCCGCCCAAUUUCCGUGUCAGUGCUGAGAGAAGAGUGAGGGGGGAACGGCGUCAUCCCCCGUGCUGCUGUCCGUGCGCCGCGCUGCAGCGGGAAGAUGUCUGCUCUUUCGGCCUGGUUCUGGAACGAGCGAUUUUGGCUGCCGCAGAAUGUCACCUGGGCGGACCUGGCGGACACCGAGAACGGAGAGCAGUUUCCCCGGGCUGGACACCUCCUCUUAGCCUUCCCUACUGCGCUCGGCAUCUUCGCCCUCAGGCUGUUGUUCGAGAGGUUUAUUGCUAAACCCUGUGCGUUUCAAUUGGGCCUUCAAGGUAACGGGCCGCGUAGAGCACAACCGAAUUCCAUCCUAGAAAAAGUCUUUACUUCCAUCACAAAGUGUCCUGAUGGAAAGCACCUGGAGGGCCUGUCAAAGCAGCUGGACUGGGAUGCACGAAAGAUCCAGAGGUGGUUCAGACAAAGGCGGAAUCAGGAUAAGCCGAGCUUAGUAACAAAAUUUUCGGAGAGCAUGUGGCGGUUUAUAUUUUAUUUGUAUAUCUUUUCCUAUGGAUUAUGGUUUCUCUGGUCGGCCCCGUGGUUUUGGGAUACACGACAGUGCUGGUACAAUUACCCUUAUCAGUCGCUCACGUUGGGCUUAUACUACUAUUAUAUUCAGGAACUGGCCUUUUACUGGUCUUUAAUGUUCUCCCAGUUUACAGAUAUCAAACGCAAGGAUUUCCUAAUUAUGUUCAUUCAUCAUCUGGCCACAGUUGGCCUCAUCUCAUUUUCCUAUGUCAAUAAUAUGGUGCGAGUGGGAACUCUGGUCAUGUGUCUGCAUGACGCUUCUGAUUUCUUGCUGGAGACAGCAAAAAUGUUAAAUUAUGCAAAGUACCAGAGGUUGUGUGACACUUUCUUUAUGAUGUUUGGGCUGAUGUUUGUCACUACGCGACUUGUCAUUUAUCCAAUAUGGAUCUUAAAUACAACAUUGUUUGAAAGCUGGGAGCUGAUUGGUCCAUACCCAUCAUGGUGGCUGUUUAAUGGUCUUCUUUUAAUUCUUCAAGUUCUCCAUGUCGUCUGGUCUUGCCUCAUUAUUCGCAUAGCAUACAGAUCAUUGACAAAAGGAAAGGUUGGAACUGGGAAGUGUCACCCUUUGCCUGUAGUAAAAGAUGAACGCAGCGACAUAGAAAGCAGUUCGGAAGAAGAGGAUACAGCAGUUCAUAGCACCAAAGGAAUUCACAACACAUCCAGCAACGGGGCAAACAGGGUGAACGGCCAUGCGACAAACGGUCAGUGGGCUGACGAAUAGAUGUGUGAGAUGUCCAGCGACUUAGUAAUAG